UGUCAUCGCCUUUUCUUUCUUCAGUCAGUGACAGUAAUUUUUUGUGCGAAUUAUUUCAUACCUACCUUACAGUAUUUCUUUUUCUGAUAUUCAGUGUUGCGAAGCAAAUAUGUUUUUUUCAGACCUAAUACGUUUAAACGCGUUAAAUGCUAUAUUGUGACUACGUAAAUUUAACUUUUACUUGACGUGAAUUAGUGUUGCAUUAAUUUGAACUCGAAACUGGUAAGUUAUCGAACGAUAUCAUGGUCAUUUACAUUGGAAAACGAGUUAUAUUCUUGUUUUGUGGGUUUUAGUAGCAUCAGUUACAAGUUAAGAUGUUUGCGAGUUUAAAAAGUAAGAUAAAAGAAGAAACUGGUAGCGACAUAAGCAAAAUAACCAGUAGUUGGCGGAGCGGCGCCUUCUUGGGACGAAUAACGCUCAGAGAUGAUUCUUCAACAGCCAGUCCUUCUAGUUCUGGUGGCCAUGGAGACUCCACAUCAGAUUCAAUAUCUCCGCAAAUGGAAUCAUACCUAUCAGAGAGGACCGGUGGAAGGAUAGACCAGGCAGUGUUACAGCAACAGUACUCAACGCAGUUGGAGGCUAAACUACGAGAGAGGGAUACUUACUGGGAACAAAAGAUUGAAGAACUCAAGCUUUCACUAGCAUCCGUACAAGGUGAAGAAGCAGCGGCGGCUCAAGCAGUGGCUCGGACUGCACAAGCUGAGGCUGCCAAGGCGGUGUUAGAGAGAGACGCAGCCAAGAGACUGGUUACCGAGCUGAAGACGCAGGUGGCAGCUGCUGAACGCGCUCAGGAUAGACUUGAUGCGCUGAAUGAGGAGUUAGAACAGAGUCGUCGUGAAUGGGCCCGGGAGCGCGCGGAGCUGAGCGGCGCGCUGUCGCGGGCGGAGGCGCGCGCCGCCGACCUGGCGGACAGCCUCGCACUGCUCAGCGCUGCACUGCCGCCGGAACAUCCACACCAUCAUAUGGAAGAUGACGAUAAACGCGAAGUGACUCCGACUGGGUGCGCGGACUAUGACCGCGUGUGUAGGGAGCGCGCUGUACUGACUCGACAAUUACAAGAAGCCAAGAUGGCGCUCGCUGACGUCAAGACCUCGUGGAGCGGACAGAUUGCGUCGCUAGAGACACAGGUGGCGCGACUAUCGCGGCAAGCGGGAGAGGAAGGUUCGGAGAGGAGACGAGUGGAGAUUGAGAAGAAAGAGUUGCAGGAUAAGUUGCAGAGCGCAGCUGCAGAGUUAGAGAAAACUAAGCAGAAUUUAGCCAACAGUGAAGCUAAGGUGGUGCGGCUGAACGGCGAGGUGCACUCCCUCGCCCUGGAAGUCAAGUCCCUGCGCAGCGCCGCCGACCUCGCCGCCGAAAAAACGAUGGAGUUUGAAAACCGAAUUGAAAGUUUGACGCAAGAGAACAGGGAGUUGUUAGAAGCAUUAGAGAAUGAGAGGUCGCUAGUGAAGAUUUUGAGGGAGAAGGUUGAUAAGUCCAAUCUACUCUGCGAUGAGAGUAAAGCGGAGGUCAAUCACCUCAACUCCAUGGUGACGGAGAUGCAACACGACUUCUUGGAUAUACAAAGGAAGUUUGAUAAAGAAAAACGCGAAAAGGACGAAGCAUUAUUGAGGAACGCACACAUGUCACAGACGAUAGAGAUGAGUCAGUGCAAUGUGCGCUACCAGGAAACAGAGAUAGCAGACCUGAAGAGCAAGAUAGCAGAAUUGGAGGGACUCAUCGCACAGCACAAAGAGAAUCAAGCUGCAUGUAUGUUAAUAAAAGAGACGGAAGAAGCACGAAAACAGGAGAUCGAACAACUUAAGAAGAAAAUAGACGAAUUAAUAGAAAACGAGACUGCACUCAAAAAGACUAUACAAGACUUAGAAACUGAAAUCUGUGAUAAAAAUAAGAAAAUAAAAACGUUAGACAACAGAAUAUCGGAUAUGAAGAAGACGCUACAGAGGGAGCUACAGAGCAGUAAGUCGGAUCUCACGUCGGCUGAAGAACAAGAUAUUAGUAGACGGUACUUAAAACACGUGGUGCUUCGUUUCCUAACGGCGCGUGAGUUGGAAGCGAGACAGUUGACUCGCGCACUCGCCGCUCUCCUACGGCUGUCGGCUCACGAAGAGGCGCUACUCCGAGCUGCUCUCCCGCCUCGCACUGGCCUGGCAGCGUGGUUCCCCUCUCUCAACACCUGAUCCGUCUAAACGGAGCAUAGGAACGUAUGUAUGUGAGUUAGAACGCUUAAAGAUGAAUUCUCAAGUUGUUAUAGCAAAUGAUGACGUCACACCUUUCCUUGUUUGUGAAAAAUAAAUGUACAUGUCAUUUAUGCGGGUAUGUCACCAUAUCUGUGUGUAGAUGCAUGUAUAAAUUAAGGAAUCUAAAGAGGUGGGUUGUAAAGGAAUGUUCCUACAUACUCUAUGGAUCGAAAACGUGUGUUCGUAUACCUAUGUACGAUGUCACAGGACAGGGGAAGUGUUGAAGUAGCAUUUGAGAAUUCAAGAGCCGUUUACGUUGACAAAAAUACUGCAAUAUAAUGUAGAUAACUUAUUGCUUUUGUAUGUAAAUUUGUACACAUGUGAAGAAUUAGUUAUUUGUUACUAUGAUAUGAAAAUAGAGCACAUUAUGAUGAUUUUAUAAAUUGUCUUAGGUAAGAAAUAGAGGGAUACACCCAUCAGAUAUGAUUUAUAUGCAAGAUCGUUUGUGUAUAGUUGGUGUCAUUUACUUUUUUAUGUGUUUGUAGGUACUUUUUUGAGGGGGAAACUCAUACAAUGACUUCUCCCGCCUUGGGUUC